AUGCUAUUGUCUGUCAUCAAGAGUCAGAAGCAGGGUCACAGAGUUGUUUAUCAGACUGACCUGAUCUUGGGAUCAUCUUGACUUUGGACGAUCUGGUUCCAUGGAAGUAUUUUUCUCCAGUGGAAGAGGAAGUCCUGAGCCUUUAUUAAUCAGCAUGAAGCUCUUCACUGGUACAUCUGCCUGGAGCCUCCUCAGCAGACCCAUCUACUCUUCUACACAGACCGCAAACAUCAAGACAUCUUGUGUACAUUAUGUCACUCCAACCCUACCCUACUUCGUCCUGGGGACAUGGCCGUAUUGCCAUUGAUAGAUCAAACUCAGAUGAGUCUAGUCUACCUGAGUUUGAAGCAUUUGAUUCUGUGACACCAAGAGCACCCACAACACAAACUCUCUCGGUAUUGGGUGUUGAUAUGCAUGCAGCAGACAACAAGAGACUCCACAACACCAGCAACUACAAGAACUCCAAUCUCAUUGCGCGCAGGAAUAAUGAAUUCUUCAUCACCGUCAGCUUUAACAAACCCUUCAAUAACCAGCAGGACAAUGUGGAGAUUGAGUUCCUGAUUGGCAGUUCACCUGAUGUACACAAGGGCACCUACAUCAUUUUGUCCAUUGGAAUAGAGAAACUUUCUGGGGGCUGGAAGAGUCGUGUGGUGGAAACACGAGGCAAUAAUGUGACAGUGGGCGUAACACCAGAUGCCAGCUGCAUCAUUGGCCGCUUUCGAACCUUUGUUGUGAUUGUGAGUGAUUUUGGAAAACAGCGCACUCAGAGGAACCCUGACAUCGAUUUCUAUGUGCUUUUCAAUCCUUGGGACCCCGCGGAUCAGGUGUACAUGCCCAGAGAAACCGACAGACAAGAGUAUGUGAUGAAUGAUGUGGGAGUCAUCUACAAUGGAGAAUUCAACAACAUAACCACCCGUUCAUGGAACUUUGGGCAGUUUGAAGAGGGGGUUCUGGAUGCCUGUCUUUUGGCUCUGGAUGCUGGGAAAGUACCAAUACUGUACCGUGGAAAUGCCAUUGAAGUUGUUCGGCAAGGAUCAGCUCUGAUGAACUCCCAGGACGAUGAUGGUGUCCUGGUUGGCAACUGGAGUGGUGAUUACUCCAUUGGCACCGCACCCACUGCCUGGACAGGAAGUCCUGAAAUCCUGCUAAAAUAUGCCAGAGAGAGUUGUGUGCCUGUGUGCUUCGCUCAGUGCUGGGUGUUUGCCGGGGUGCUGAACACUUUUAUGCGCUGUCUCGGGAUCCCUGCACGGGUCAUCACCAAUUACUGCUCAGCUCACGACAACACGGGCAACCUGAAGACAGAUAUUGUGCUGGAUGAAGAUGGGAAAGUGGACCGAAGCCGAACUAGAGAUUCAGUCUGGAACUACCACUGCUGGAAUGAGGUGUACAUGAAGAGGCUGGAUCUGCCUGAAAAAUUCUCUGGCUGGCAAGUGGUCGACUGCACUCCUCAGGAGAUCAGUGAUGGUCUUUAUCGAUGUGGCCCAACAUCUGUCAAUGCCAUCAAAGAGGGAGAGCUCAGCUAUCCAUUUGAUGCAAAGUUUGUCUUUGCAGAGCUGAACAGUGAUGUGAUUUACCGUCAAUCUGACAAAUAUGGAAAUUCAAAGGUCAUCUCUGUGGACACCGCAUAUGUGGGAAAGCUCCUUGUCACCAAAAGGGUGAACAGUAACGCAUAUGAGGAUAUCACUUCUACCUAUAAAUAUCCAGAAGGCAGUGACAAGGAUAAGCAGACCAUGCAGAAUGCAGAGCGUCGUGGCGUUCCUACCAGGGAUUACUUGCCAGUCGCUGAAGCAGGUGUGAACAUCGAGAUCCAGGCUGACACCAUCAAAAUUGGUGACAACUUCAAGCUGACAAUGAACAUAAAGAACCAGACCAGCCAAACCUGCACCGUCAGUGCCACCCUCACUGGCUCUGCCAUGUAUUACACGGGUGUCACCAGCAUGACCUUUAAGCUUGAAAACAAAACAGCAAUAGUGAAACCAUGGAACACCACAAAUCUGAUGGUAGAUGUUCAAGCUGUGGACUAUAUGCCCUACCUGGUGGACCAGGCCAACUUGCUCUUUGUGGUGAACGGGCGCAUUGAGGAAACUGGCAUGUCCCUUUCGACAAUGAGAGUUGUCACUCUCCGUCCUCCUGAACUCACAAUAAAGGUGACUGGAACACCCCGGGUUGGCAAGGAUCUGUUGGUCAUCAUCUCAUUCCGAAAUCCCCAUAAUUUCAUCCUGAAAAAUGUUCAGCUCCGCCUUGAUGCACCUGGUCUGAUAACGACCAGAAUGAAAUCAUAUGAGCAGAUUCUACCUGGUGGCUCAGUGCAAUACACUGAAACCAUCACCCCUCAGACUCCUGGGAAGAAGGUGCUGAUAGGGUGUCUGGACUGCGCUGCACUGAGGCAGGUCACCAAUCAGCUGGAAAUCAACGUGGUGUAACGGAUAACUGAUUGCCACGGGGGAACGAGAGAGAAAAGACAGAGGAGAAAGAGAAAGGAUGGAUUGGAAAGGGUUCCCUGUACCAUUUUGGUGUGUUGCUUUGCUUUCAUGAGUAAUAUUUUCAAAAAUUUUAGAUUUUCUUUACAAAACAAUCAUAUUCUUACCUGCCAACACUGGAUUGUUAAAAUAGGGAUAUUUUUAUAUAUUAUUAUAAUUUUUUUAAUGCGCGAAGAUUUCGCAAGCUCAAGUGAAAAUAUGACUUACAUAAACAGAAAACAUUAAUGCGUGGGGAAAAUAAUCUUUCACAUGCUCAGAUUUUCAAGUAUAGCCUAUGUGCGAAAGUUUUCUCGAGCGUACGCAAAAUUCUGAGAGUGUGAGAAAGUGAGAGCUAUGAAAUAUAAUAAAGGUCUAUUGAAAUUUAAAAGAAAUUGUAAAAGAUUCUUUGAAAUUACACAUGAAUUUAAAUUACAUAUGCAUUGUGUAACUUAAUUAACACAGUAUUAAUCGCAAUAUACUUCUGAUUUCAUCUGCUAUACUAAUGCUAUGGACUAUGUUUUACUCAUGUAAACUAACAAUAAAGCUUUAGCAUGAAA